AAAAUCACAUUCGAGUUUAUAUUAGAACAAUUAACACUCAUUUUCCAUUACUCUGAGUAAAUUGAGCUUUUCGUUAGUAGAAAGUAACGAGUGAAACUAUUGAACUAAUCUGAAAACUUCAUCGAACAUCAAAAGUAAAUCAUUUCUGUUAAUUUCUAACUAAUCCAAUUAAAUAAUUUGAUCAUUGCAAUUGUGAUUCAUUAAUCGAUGAUCAGUAGUUCUAAUUACUUUUCUGUGUAUUGAAACAUCAAAAGUGUCACUUACAAUUCAUCUUUCAUUCAAUCAAAUUCUGUGCAAUUAAUUAACUAAAGUUUUUCUUUAAUUUAUCACAGAUAAUUUAAGUGAUUCAGAAAACGAUCCCAGUAAUCAACAAGUAACAAUUUAAUUUAUUCACUUGACACUUUAAUUUCAAUACUAUUACUAACUAAUAGUAACAAUCUAUUAAUUACGAGGUGAAUUAUGGAAAAAAUCAAAAGAUUUUUCAUCUUAAAAAGCCAAUAUAAUAACAUUAACGCCCAAACGUUUCGUGAAGAUUUGGCCUUUUACAAAAUCGGUCCUGAUGAUCGAAUCAAGAUAGAGGCCAUUCGAGAGAUUAUGCUCUUUGAAGCCAAAAAUGACCCCAAGUCGUUCGCUUUGGAGGAUGUCGAACGUCUCGAGUCAAAUGAUAUUUACAUCUUUCGAUUUCUUCGUCAACAUGAUGGACAUUUGGAAGCGUCUCUGAAAACACUAAGGAAAUCACUUCGAUGGCGAAAAGAGAAUCGAAUCAAUCAAAUGAGCAUAAACGCAGUAUCUAUUCCUCGUGAAAUCGCUGAUAUUCGAGCUUUUCAUGUUUAUGUUCGAGAUAAAAAUGGAACACCAACAAUCUACACACGAGCGAUUCCAAUGCCGCCGAAAAAGUUUCGCCCCUUGGUCGUUGAGACAGCGAUCUACUUUGCCGAGAGAGUUUCCGUUAAAGUGUCUCAAUACGGUCGACGAUUUGGCUUCAUAAAUGAUUGUCGAGAUUUCGUCUUCGAUACUUCAAUGGUUGACAUUGAAUUGAUCAAAGAGAUGAUUAAACUUCGUGAUAUCCAUUAUCCCGAUCUUUAUGCUUAUGUGGCUUUCUAUGAGUUCCCAGUUUCUCUCCGAUGGUUAUUCAAGUUACUAUCUCCAAUCAUACCAAAGAAAACACGAGACAAGAUCAUUUUCAUCGACAAAGAUUCUAUCGACGACAUAAUCGGCUUGGACAAUGUACCUGAAUACAUGGGUGGAAGGUGCAAAGAGCCUUAUCUCCUGGACACCAGUGCAUUUCCAACUUUAAGAGACGUUGGUGAAUCGCGAGGAUACAGUAAAUCAGAUAUCGAUGAAGUCUACAAACUUUAUGCGACCGAACUCAAGAAACACGAAGAUGAAUUAGCGAAAGCAGGAAAAAAGUUAAUUAAACUCGAAGAUUUGGAAAAUUAUUUCGAUUGAACGACUAUUCAAGUUCAGUCGAUUCGCAAUUCUCUUCCUUUUCCUCUUAUUUUUCUAUCAACACCAAAAUCUACUUAAUUAAAUGUAAUUAACCAACUAUUGUACCGAUAACAAUUAUAAUCUAAAUUCAUUAAAAGUCAUUAAUUGUUCA